AUGUCGGCCAAGAGAGUGAUAGUAUGUGGCGGUAACGGCUUCCUGGGGUCGAGGAUAUGCAAACACGCCAUUGCGAGGGGAUGGGACGUAACCUCGAUCAGCCGCUCAGGAGAGCCCAAAUGGAACACCGUCACCUCAUCCGCCACGCCACCCCCCUGGGCCCACAAAGUGAGCUGGGAGCGCGGCGACAUCCUGCGGCCAGCAACCUACGCGCCGCUGCUCAAGGGCGCCGACUGCGUCGUCCACAGCAUGGGCAUCCUGCUCGAGGCCGACUACAAGGGCGUGCUGCAGGGCCAGGUGUCGCCCAUCGCCGGCAUGCGCAAGGCCUUCACCUCAGCACCACAACCAGGCAACCCGCUCGAGCGCAACGUCGCGGGGGGAGAAGAAGACAUCCGCCCGCGCGAGACGCGCGACCAGCUCACGUACGAGAACAUGAACCGCGACAGCGCCAUCAUGCUGGCCAAGGAGGCGAGCCGCGAGGGCGUCGGCGCCUUCGUCUUCGUCUCGGCCGCCGGCGGCGCGCCCGUGCUGCCCACGCGCUACAUCACCACCAAGCGCCAGGCCGAGAGCACCAUCGCGAGCGAGUUCCCGCGCAUGCGCGGCGUCUUCUUCCGCCCGCCGUUCCUGUACGACAGCUCCCGCCCCAUCACCGUGCCCAUGGCUGCCAUGACGGGCGCCGGUGCGGCCUUCAACGGGCUCACGGGCGGCUUAUUUGGGAACUUCAUGGGCGCCGCUGCGGUCAAGCCGCUGAAGGCCGAUGUGGUGGCCGAAGCUGUUGUGGAAGCACUGGGGGACGAGACGGUAAAGGGGCCUGUGGAGGUGCCGGAGAUCGAGGAGCUGGCAAACAAGUCGUGGAGGAAGAAUAUGCUCUAG